ACAUGUGAAAACAUCACUCAAUAUCUUGACGACGGCGGGCCCGUGAACGCGAUGGAUCAGCACGGACGGCCGUUGCUUCAUCAGGUCGUGCACCGCCCUGACUUGAUCCGGCUACUCGUCCGCGGCGGCGCGGACACCGAGCUAGAAUUCAAGAGACAGACGCCUCUCAUGGUGGCGGCGGCACAUGGGUUCGCCGAGAGCGUCGCGGCACUCCUGGAAGGGGGCGCGGACGUCGAUUACUGCCGCAGCCUUCCCACGGAGUCCGACAUGGACACGGAAGACGACGACUCUAUUGAUCCAUCCCCACUUGCAUUCGUUCAAUAUCCAGUCCUACCUAAUGCUUUGGCCUGCGCGGUAGUUCACGGAACUUUACGUUGCGUCGAACUCCUGCUUCAGGCGGGCGCAAAUCCCAAUGGUUAUUUGUGUCGAGCCGGGGGCCACCCGGAUCCUUUAACGAAAGCGAUCGAGUGCUUGAAUCUGGAAGCCGUCGCCGCCCUUCUGAAAGCCGGUGCUGACGUGACGAGUUCGCUGAGCAUGGCUCAGUUCAUCGUCGGUGAUUACCGAUCGUCGGUCUCUGGAAUCAGAUGUGCGCGCAGAAGACUCAUCCCGAUGCUUCUGCGCGCGGGCGCUACGAUCUCUCCAACGUGGCAUUGCCGACCGCUCGACCGCUUAAGUUUGAAUAUUUUGCGAACGGAGCGUCCCGUUCUGUGUGGAAAUCAACCAGAGUCUCCGGUGCUCUGGAGGUCGCCGCGACGAUGGCGCCGUGAAAUUUUUGAUGUCUACACAGGCCCUGAUACCGCCGACGUUCGCAUUGCUGCCGCCGAGGAGCUCUCGACCUAUUUCCUCCACGUCAUCGCCGCGGGAAGCUUCGCGAAAUACGACGAGUCGCGCCGCGCGCCGUUCGUCGCAAUGCUCGAGCGCGUCGGCGCCUUUCCCAUUCCGAAUGAAAUGAUCGCGAUUGUCUGUGCGUUUUGGCUCCGCGCCGGCGAGCACUAUGGGGACGUCGAGGACGAUGAAGACGCAUGGGCUGCCGACCUGGAGGAGGAGCUGUUCUCCUAA